CUGUCACUGUAGUAUAUUCAUUGUUGAUUCAUAAACAAAUUGCUUUUACCUCAUCCAAAAAUGAGUUCAUCGGCAAUCAUUGAUUUUCGACCAAGUCAUUUACUAUUGAAUCCGAAUUUCGAUGGAUACAAAUUGUCAUUGGAUCCCGUGCCGGUCUUAAAAAAUGAAUUGACCGCAUCGCCACGUCGUAUGUUUACCAGCGAUGAACAGUACACAUUUUUACAUGCAAAAUUGUUCAGUUUGCACAAUCACUUGGUGCAAGAUCCAUGGAUAGAGUGUUCUUGCUAUUUCAUUGAUGAAAAUUGGACCAUUCAGAAUGUGCGCUAUGAUACACCAACCGGCAAACUGGGAGCAGUCAAAGCCGUUCACAAAGUACCGAAACCGGCAAAUACCACUGUCCAUGGAGACUAUAAUGUUACAUUGAAAUUUGUUUCGGAAAAAUUCGCCAUUUUUGGUGAUGGCUGUGGCGGUUUGAAGAUAUUCAACACUGGUGACCGUUAUCGUGUCGAGGAAUGGAAAACAAUCUUCUCCGAUACAAUUCAUGAAAAUGCAAUUCCGUUUGUGAUUCAAGAUGCACGAUGGGAAAUCAUAAAUAAUAUUCAUCAAAUCCAUUGUUUAUUGCUGAGCAUUCAACAGAAUAAACAGAAUGAUGAUGAGAAAUAUGAAGCGGUUUUGGAUUGGAUUGUUGUGAAAAGAGAUGCUCAAUCAAAUACUUGGACCAAAUCACAUGUGAGACAAUUGAAAGGGAAAACAUUACCCGAGUACUGCGUAUUCGAACCAAAAUGCAAUGGAAUUUUAAUAUCGGCCGACCAAAAGUUUGAAUUUAGCUUUGACAAUGAAAAUCCUAUUGUGGAAAAGAAAGUCGCAGAAUCGGUGAAGGAAGAAAAUACAACGGAUGGUGGCGAAGGCGAAAAGAAAUCUGAUUUUAUUUGGACUCAAAACGAUGAAGAUGUUACGAUUCAUUUCAACAUUCCGCAUGAUACGAGCAAACAAGAGAUUACCGUGAUUUCCAACGGCGAAAAUCUCCAAGUUCGUCUUAGGAACGAAUCACUUUUGAAUGGCGAACUAUUUCAAGCGGUGGAUAAAGAUUUAACAACAUGGAAUUUGGGAAAUGAGUCAUUGCAAGUGGUUUUGGUGAAACAAGUGUCUUCUUUCACUUGGCCAAGUUUGUUAAAAGAUGUCAUUAUUCCUCCAUCUGAAAUGCCACUUCAACCAAUUCGAGAGCUAUCGCUGCCGCCAUCGAAUUUACGAACUGAAAUGGAGGACUGUGAUUUUGGUGACGUCGAAAUGGAUAAGGAACAUUCUUUUGUUCGUAUGGAUGCAAUAACCCAUCAAAUUACACACAAAGCCAAUUUGGGUUCGAAUAAUCCAGUUUUAUUUACAUUAUGUCUUCGAGCCGGCAGUCCACUUGCACUUGCUUUACGAAAUGAUGUCGAUGCUUGUGUUUGGCUUCCAUACAUUCAAUCCAAUACUGAAAAUGAACUGACGAUGAAUAUAAAACAUGAAGGAACUUUGAAUGCGUUUGGCUAUAUUCAAGCGUCAAAGCAACAAAAGAAAUUCAUGCAAUGUUCGCCAGACAUGAAUUACGCAAUUAUCUGUGAACCACAUCGUCAUAUAUUCGUAUACAAAAGUACAUAUGCGUCGGCUGCCGGACUAAAAAAUCGAAAUAGUUCAACGAAAAUUAGCAUCGGACAACAGAAACUCAUUACAAUGGACGAAUCGGAUGAAGUGUUGGGCAUUGUUUGCCAAAACGAAACAACCAUUUUAUUAACACAAAAACAUGUUUUAUGCUUACAAAUCAAUUCAUAAAUAAAACCUUCUUCUAUUUUUUUUCAA